CUUAAAGUUGCCUCCCUUACUCGAUAAAAACUAAAAAUGGCUGCCACCUUGCUGAAGACGGUCCGGGCAACAAAUUGCCUCCAAACUGUUGCUAGAAGCGUCUUUCCACGUGUAUCUUCUGUCUCACUACUCCAUUGCAGACAAGAAGACAGAACGAUUCACAAUUGCAGAAAUUCAACAAAAUUAUUAGCACCACAGAAUGGUACCUGCAAGUUGUUGUACAGACCAUAUAUUGUAAAACGAUUGACAGAAGAUGAGAUCAAGUGGAGAGUAUUGCAAGUGUGUAAAGACUAUGAUAAAGUUAAUGCAGAAAAGCUGUCAUUGACUUCACACUUUAUGAAUGAUUUAGGAUUGGACAGUUUAGAUGUUGUAGAAGUUAUCAUGGCAAUGGAAGAUGAAUUUGGAUUUGAAAUACCUGACCAAGAUGCAGACCGUCUUAUGACGCCAGAAUCUAUAGUACAGUAUGUAUGUGAUAAGGAAGAUGUGUAUGAUGAAUGAAAAAUAAAAGCGUCACAUUUUUGUUAUUGAUAUUGUGUGUAUUACAAGUUUGAAGAUCUUCAUGCUAAAACAAUAAAAGAAUGUUCAAUCAAAGUUAUCACUAUUUCAAUUAAAAAAAAAAACUAUAAAAAACCACAGAUAAAGUGUAAAAUAUUCCAGAGAUAUUUUGAACAAUUACAGGAAAGUAACAGUACAUGUUGAUAAUGUAUAGUAUGCCAAGUUAUUACAUGUAUGAAUCAGUGUUAGAGAUUUGAAUAAAUUGUAUUAUUUCA